AUGGACAGUUGUUUAGUUCAAAUCAAACAAAUUGUUUGUUCAACACCAAAAAAGAAUGGGAAACAAAAUCAGUCAGAGAUUAAUGACAUUCUUACAAUGACUGGGAUUACUGGAAAGGUUACAUAUGUUAAAUUGUUAAUUGAAAGUGUAUUAUCUGAUGGAAUUGGAAGAGAGUCAUUUAAAUUACAAACAUUACGAGAUGAAAUUAACACUAUAACACAGUCAAGCCAAGCAGUUUUAUUUAAGAAAGAGUUAACAGCAAUGAAACUCUCAAACACCCAAGUUAAAUCAUUUCGGCUAAAUCCUUCUGGUGAAUAUUUAUUUGGUAUUCUUCCUAAUCAACCCACGUCGUUAACAUCUGCUUUGUUAUUUGAUUAUUUAUGCGAACAUCCUGAAGAACGAAUUGAUAGAACUAAUGCUUCAAAUGCUAAUAUUUUUUCAAUUUCAUGGAAAACUCCAAUUUCAUUAGACCUAUCACUUCCACUAAUUCAUACUAUUUCAAAAGAGAUUGUUGGUGAAUUAGGUACUUCUUGUGUUGGUUCAAAAGAUACAUUUUCUGCUUUAUUAUCAAACAUUUAUGGUGAAUCAAUGACAGAACAACAAGUAGGAGAAUUAAUUGUUUUGUUAAUCCAAUGUAUUGAACGUUCAACAAAUGAUUCAUCGACAGUAUCGGAAUGGGAUGCCGAAAUUAUUGGAACAGUAUUAAAACCUAAAUGUAAAAAUUGGAGUAUUAUUGCUAAAGUAAUGGACCUUCAAGGGUAUGAAUAUAAAUCAUUAAAUGCUAUUAUUUUAUUAAUUCGAAUCUUCCAACAAAUUGGUGAUUUUCCAUUUAAUUCAUUCUUUAAAGAAGAAUGGAAUAAUGGAAGAGCUCAGGGUUGUGUUGUCCAAAAACUUAUUCAUAUUGCAUCACAAUCAACUAGUGAAAGUCAAUAUUUAAUGAAAUAUAUUUGCUCUUUAUAUAAUGUUGGUGUUGAGAGAGGUAUAAGAGUUUUAUGGGAACAACAAGGAUUUGUAGAACAGAUUAUUGCUAUUGGAGAACGAGCAAGCAGUGAUUUUGAUUCAAUAUAUAGUUCUAUUGAAGUUGUAUUACCAAUAUUAUGUAAAUGUAAAGCAAGUGCAGGAAGACAACGUGCAGUAUUGGCAUUAUUAAGAAAUAAUACAAAACAAUAUGCUGUUGUUCAGUCAUUAUGGAAAAAUAAUUCUCUUAUUAUUGCUCAAGGAUUAAGAGAUAGGUAUAUGGAAGAUCCAUCUUCAAUAGAUGAUAUUAUUAAUUCUAUUGGAAUUCAAGAAUGUGCUAAAGUUCUUACUCAAAUGAGGCCAACAUCGUUUGCACUUGAUAUUGCAUGUUUGUUAGUUAAAAAAGAUGGAUUUAUUUUAGAUAAAUGGUUGAUUGAACAAAGAAAAUUAAGAGGAAGUGUUUUUGGUAAAGAAAUUAUUCAGUUCAUUAAAGAUAAACAAUUACUAGCUAAUGGAGUAUCUCCAUUUAAAUUGGAUUUAGAAAUAGUAAAACAAUUAUUAGGUACUGCUUCUUCCUGUGGUUCUAGAAAAGAAGCAAAUGAAUUAGAACAACAAUUUUACACCAAAACACCAAAGAAAGAGACAAUUCCAGGACGAGCAAAUGAAAUUUUUGGAGAUUAUUUCAAAGGGAAUUAUACAGUAGAAGCAAUUGUUAAUGUUAUUAUUAAAAUGCGUGAUAGUCAAGAAACAUCAGAUAAUGAUUUAUUUGCUUUCUUCAUUAAAACAUUAUUUGAUGAGUUUAAAAGAAUUAGCGAUUUUCUUAAAGUUGAUGUUGUUAUUCAAUUUGGGAAUUUAUACGGUGAAAUAAUUUCUAAAGGUGUAUUAAAGAAUUGUGCUUUAAUUCAUAUUUUAAGAGUUAUAUUAUGGGCAUUAAGAGAACCUAUUUCGUCUAAUUUUUUUACUUGUGGAUUAAAUGCACUUAUUAGAUUCAAAAAUCGUUUACAUGAAUGGCCAACAUACUGUUAUUUAUUAAAAGAAAUUAAAAGUAUUGAAACACAAGACCCUCAAUUAUAUAGAACUAUUUGUGAAAAUGCAAAUAGUAAAUUUGCAAUUGUAUUAACUCUUAUUCAAAAAUUAUACCCUCGUGUUUAUCCUCAAAUAAUGUUAGAUUCAAAAAGUGUUUCAGUUAUUAGGUCUUUAUGUGGAUGUUUUGAGGAUAUAUCAUCUAUGAGUAUAGAACAAAUCAAGAAAGAAUCCCAAAACUUGUUAAAUACUUUUAAAUCAACACAAACGAAUGAAAUGAUUGAAACCUCAUUAUUUAUGAUUGCUAUUACAAGAGAGUCGACACAACCAAAAUGUAUUGAUAUUAUACAAUCAUUUGGAUUCUCUUUGGAUAAUCUAAAUUCAUUUACUAUUGAAAUGAUUAAUAUUUUAUUAAAAAGAAGAGAAUAUGAUAAACAAACUGCAUCAUUAUUUGAGUCAUUAGGUUCUUUAUUAGGUCUUCUCACUAUUGGAAUGAAUAAACCAUUACGGUCCAAUAAAUUAGUUCCUAAAUCAUUAUUAACAGACCAAUUAACAAUUGAAAAUUUUGAUGUUAUGUUAGAAUUUGUUGUUCAUUUCUUAUUCUCUUCUAAUAAAUCUGAUAUAUUCACUCCAAAUAAUCCUUGGAUUGUUCCAUUACUUCAAGUUGUAUGUGAAGUUUCUUUAUCUCCUGAACUUAUGAUUCAUCACAGUUCAAUAGAAAAAUUACUUCAGUCACUUCAUAUUUCUGCUAAAGACUAUCUUGAAUGUCAUCCAUUACGUUCUUCAGCUGAAGAUUCAAUUGAUAAAUUACGUAAAUUUGCCAAAGAUAGAAACAAUGGAGAUGAAGGUAUUUUUUAUGAGUUUGUAGAAAAUAAACAAUUGAUUCCUGAAAAGACUCUUAAGCAAGUGUUAUUAUCAGAAAAGUCACUGUGUUAUGUUGAAUCUCUUAAGUCUAUUCCAAAUAUUCAAUUACCUGAAUGUUUGAUUUGUCCAUCUUUAUCUUUAGAUCAAUGGUAUAUUAUUAUUGUAUGUUUCCUGGAUUUUUCAUUACAAGAUAUAAGUAAAACAACUACUGUAAGUAUGAACGCUAUUAUAACAACUGUUAUUCAAUUAGUUCAAAAAGAUUUUGCAAUGGAGACUGAUAUUAAUAAAAUUUCAGAAGCUACUAAUCGUGUAUUUAAUAUUGCUCAAAAAUUAUCACAAUAUACUUGUAGAAGUUGCUUAGAUACUAAACUUUGGAAAUACAUUACUCCUUAUGUUAAUAUUGCUGUUAAACAAAAAGAAAUUUCUAAACCUAUUGAACAAAUGAAAGAAAUUGUAAUGAAUAGUCUUCAACCUCAAAUAGAAAAAGCUGUUUCUAUUAAAUUGGAAGAACUUAAAAAAAGUGCUAAACGACAACUUGAACAAUUUAUUCUUCAAAUAACUCCUGAACGACAAGCUGCUAUAUCUAGUAAUAAUAAUAAAUUUGUUGCUAAAGGAUUUGAAUACCUUAAUGAUGCACCUCAAUUACCUCCUAAACUUCAAAUUGCAUAUGGUGGUGUUACUAAUUAUCAAAUGGAGACAUAUGCUUUAGGAGUGACAAAUGAAACAAAACAACAUUUAGAUGAUAAAUUAGUUAAUUUUGUUCAUCAACCACUUCGCUUUGAUACAAUUGAAAAAUACGUUCAAUUAUUAACACCUGAAUGUACAGAAAAAACUAUUAGUAAACUUAUUACACAAUGCAUUAAUAAAGAAAAUAAAGAUUAUUGUAUUCGAACAAUGGAAAUUAUUGGAAUUAUUUUUAUUAAUAAUAAAAAACAACCAAAUCGUUGUUGUGAAUUACUUUCUGAAAUAUUUAAUGAAGUUUGUAGUAUCUUUGAAAAGAAUUAUAAUACUUCUUCAUUUAAUCCAGAGAUUUAUGCAACAACACUUUCUUCAUUAAUAGAAAUGCUUAUUGAAAAAUCAUUAAAUGUCAUUGAUACUAUCUUAUUAAUGGAUCAUUUUAUAACUUUCUUCCAAAAAUUACAUCCACGUCAAUUUCCAAAAUUCACUUGUCAAUGGAUUGAAUUAUUCUCUCAUAGAAGUUUAUUACUUAGUCUUUCUAAACCUUCUGAAAAGAAAAAUACAGUUCUGUCUAUGUACUUCGAUUUAUUUAUGAAAUAUUUACAAUUUGUUCAACCAAUAUUAACUUUAAAAGUUCAUAUUAGUAAACAAAUAUACUCAGCAACACUUAUAUCAAUCCUUACAUUAAGAGAAUGUUUCCCAACAUUCUUAUCAUUCUUUGCUUUACCAUUGGUAUCUGCUAUUCCUUAUACUGCAGUGUCUUUAAGACUCCCUAUAUUAACUGUUGUUUCUCACGAAGAUAACUAUUCAGAUCAUUUUGAAACUUUAAAAGGAAAGAUUCCUCUUGAAAUACAAAAAGUAUUAAAAAAGGGUGAUAUUCUUUCAAUGUUACCAUUGAUCAAAACACCUUCAGCACUCCCUAUUGUUGUUGAAUUAUUUACAAAAAAUUCAUUAAACCUUUUAGAAGGUCUUCUGAAAUUAUGUACAGAACCUCAACGAAUAGAAAUUAUCAAUGCAGUUGUUGAUUUAAUGAGACUUCAAACAGAAACAACUCAAGUGAUGAAAGAUUUUAUUUCAAAAUUAAUUUCUUUAAAUAUUGAAAACUUAAAUGAAAUUAUAUUAAGGGUUUUAAUAGAACGGUCAUUCGGUGAAUAUCAUCAAGUUGGUGCUAUGAAAGCAUUAGAGUCGUUAGUUCAAAAACACCCUCAAUUAAUCUAUUUAGCGAAACGUAAAUCAACUAUUGUAGCUCAAAGAUUAUCUGAACUUUGUUAA